CCGCAUUUGCGCGUUUUCAUAGAGUUAUAUAUCAUCUAAACUGCCUCAUUCAUUGCAGGAUUCAUGAUUACUGUGAAAGCGAAUAGUUUAAAUGUUUGUGAACAGGAGCCUCGUUUGGUCAGUCUGAUGACAAAUCCACACGUGAGCUCUGCAGCAUUUGAACAGCAAGUAGCAAGUCUUAACUGAUCAUCAACCUCUCAACAUAGCUAGAAGUCACUUCUCAAAUCUAAUUCAAUUUUGCUUUUAUAGUUUCAAGUACCUAGUUACAUUUGAUAAGUGAAAACACCUGAAACUUCUCACUUUGGUUCCCUCUUGUAGACCCCCGUGAUAGGAGUCAAACAAGGCCGGCCAUGAGUUUUGUAGAGUAUUCAGAGUUCAUCCAGGAGGGCGACGUUGCAAUUAUCUUCCUGGGUCAUGACUCAAUGAUGCCGGUCAAGGUGCAGCAGGGUGCCCAAACACAAACACGCUAUGGAGUCAUCCGCCACUCCAAAGACCUGAUAGGCCAGCGCUUUGGCACCAAGGUCACCUGCAGCAAAGGUGGCUGGGUCUAUGUGCUGCACCCCACUCCUGAAUUGUGGACCCUCAACCUGCCCCACCGCACCCAGAUCCUCUACACAACAGACAUUGCCAACAUCACCAUGAUGCUGGAUCUCAAGCCUGGCUCUGUUGUCUGUGAAUCAGGCACGGGCAGCGGCUCUCUGUCCCACGCCAUCCUGCGCACCAUUGCUCCUACUGGUCAUCUACACACUGUGGAGUUCCACCAGCAGCGUGCUGAGAAGGCGGCUGAGGAGUUCAGGGAGCACCGCGUAGGCCACCUGGUCACCGUCCGCAACCAGGACGUCUGCAAGGAGGGCUUUGGAGUGACUGGGGUUGCAGACGCUGUCUUCCUGGACAUCCCCUCCCCCUGGGAGGCCAUCAAACAUGCCAAGAAUGCCAUGAAGAGGCAGGGGGGUCGUGUGUGCUCCUUCUCCCCGUGUAUUGAGCAGGUGCAGAAGACUGUUGAGGCGCUGGCUGAUGAGGGUUUCCAGGAGAUCAGCACUCUAGAGGUUCUGCUACGGGUGCAUGACGUGCGCUCAAUCACACUCCCCUUGCCGGACUUUGGGUCCGACCAGCCCUUGGAGACCCCGACUGACACCCGAGUCCCUAGCAAUGCUUCUGUUCUCUGUAAGACAACCACGCCGCCCAGGGACAUGGCAGGGCACACUGGCUACCUUACCUUCGCCACCAAACCCUCUGUGUAGAGGACUGACUGCUGGAGGUUGGAGUGGGCAGAGACUGUUGUCUAAGAGAUUAUGGCUGGGGAACUACACAAGGUCUAAAUGCAGUGCUGAUGACUUGACACCUAACCUGACUCGGGUGGAAAACCUGCUCAGACUGAUAUACUGUACUUUACCUUCCUCUCCGCUGCUCAGCUAAAACUCUACAUUUCAGUCGACAGCUGACAUCCUUUUGGAGAGAGACAUGAUUGAGAAAUUGCUGCCGUUUUAGGCUAUUUCCAGUGUCUUUCGUAGACUUUGAUGAAUGUAUACACACAAACCCACACAUCCCUAACACACUUUAACAGAGGGAGGAAGAGCGGGCUAAGUGGGAUUCUAUAAAUAGGCUGCUGAUUGCUGAGGGUCUCUACACAGGGCUGUGAAGAGCUGUCUGAGAGGUUCGCUCUUAGUCUGUCAUGUACAAUCGCUCUAAUCACGCUACUGAUAUGUUCUUGCAUCAUUCAGGAUUGAAAUAAUAGUAUCUUAUCCCCCAUUGUUACCCAGUUUCUCUCUCUCUCUCGAGGACAGUUUUUUGUUGCAAUUUUUACAUUUGUAGAAUGGUGGGAGAAAUUGUGUUUUGUCUCAGCUGAGGGGGAUGCUGUAACAAGGCUAAAUAAACACCUUCCCAUUCUUCCUA